UAGGCGGUAUAAUCCGGUUUUAUUCCGGUAUUUUUCCGGUAUGGUACCCUAAUUUUGCCGGUACGGUUUUGUAGCAAAAAAAUAAUUUUUUAAUUCCAAAAACGGUAUUUACCGGUAUGAAACGGUUGAACCAUGGUUGUACCACGAUUUACCAUGCCAAAGACGAUUCCGGUUUGAUGUCCGAUCCGAACAAAUCCUCCGGCGGAAAGGCUCUGAUAACAAUUCUCGUACAACCCUCCAGAUUACUCCGGCAAAUGAGGAUUCUGCAGAUUGGGUUCUUGGUCGCUUUGGCAUCUGGACUUUCUGCUAUUCUCAUCUACAUUAACGGCGUCACCAAUUUCGUUGGGAUCCAGAGACUGUCUAGUGAAGAAGUGGAAGCGUUGCAAUCUCUGCAAGCAAGUUUCAAGAAGUGCGUGUCAACUUCUUUUGUGGCGACUUGUUAUAUGAUGCAGAGUGCUAAUGGACUAGGUCUUCAAGCUUUCUCCGGGAAUGAUUACUGCAUGGUCACCAUUAAUUUCCCAAGCAACACUGACUCUAAAUGGAAGGACCCUAAAACUGGAGCACCCGAAGGUUUGUCCUUUGAGUUCGAUCUAUGUGAAGCAGUGGCAACUUGGGAGCAGGUUAGGAACAGUACUACCAUACUUACAAAGGAUUUCAUAGAUGCUCUCCCAAAUGGAUGGGAGGACUAUGCAUGGCGCCGGAUCAAUAAAGGAAUUCAGCUCAAUCGAUGUCAGAAUAAGACUUUAUGUAUGGAGAAGCUCAGAUUGGUGUUACCUGAAACACCGCCGUAUGUUCCCAAAGAGUUUGGCCGUUGUGCUGUUAUUGGUAAUUCAGGAGAUCUUUUGAAAACAAGGUUUGGGAAAGAAAUUGAUGGUUACGAUGUUGUCAUCAGAGAAAAUGGUGCUCCGAUUCAGAACUAUACUGAAUAUGUGGGUAGGAAAAGUACCUUCCGCCUACUUAACAGGGGAUCCGCUAAGGCUCUUGAUAAAGUUGCGGAGUUGGAUGAGUCAAGGAAGGAAGUCUUGAUCGUCAAGACAACAAUACAUGACAUUAUGAACCAGAUGAUUAAGGAAGUUCCAAUAAGAAAUGCUGUCUACCUUAUGUUAGGUGCAUCUUUUGGAUCAGCAGCAAAAGGAACUGGGCUGAAAGCCCUUGAAUUUGCUCUAUCUAUGUGUGAGUCGGUGGACAUGUAUGGAUUUACUGUCGACCCAGGAUACAAAGAAUGGACUAGAUAUUUCUCAGAAUCUCGGAAGGGCCACACUCCUCUCCAUGGGAGGGCUUACUACCAAAUGAUGGAGUGUCUUGGUCUUAUCAAGAUUCAUUCUCCCAUGCGAGCUGAUCCCAACCGUGUCCUGAAAUGGGUUCCAAGCCAGAGUACUAUUAUUGCGGCUAGAACUGCAUCAGAGAAACUACUGAGGAGGGUUGGAGCAGGCUCUAUAGACCCGCUGAGAGCAUGUGAAAUAAAGAAACAGGUUAGGAGGCGGCCAUCAGCUGUUCCUAGUCCGAGAAAAGCUGCUAUUGAUCAUCAGAAGUUCGUAAAAGGCACAACAUUGUACCCUUUGGAGCACAAUCCUGGACAUGGUAUGCUAUGUACAGUCCCUAUGGGCUGAAAUUUCAAAACGCAUACCAGGCAUCUUUGCAAGGAACCAGCUCCCUGAAGUUGCCAAGUUAUUCUUUGAUUAAUUCACGAUGUUAUGAAUGUCAAGCGCAGAAGCAAACUCAUUUGAUCUUACGGUUUUCUAAUUGCUGGAGAGAUUGAAAUAGGCGGAUGUAGGUAGGUGGAGAUUAAAUCAAUGUAGUAGUAUCGACCAUAGAACCUUGCCAGGUGCAGACGUGAACGCAAAUAGGCCUUUUUAUGUGCAGGAGGCAGCUAAAACACGACCUUCGUCAUCGUUUGUAUUCAUCUCUACUUCAGUUUCUGUACAAGUGAAAGACCCUUUUAAUAGCGUUAACCCUCCGUUGCUCAGCUU